AGAAGAAAACAAAGAAACACCAACAACAACAUCUUCAAACAUCACAAAAACAUCAUUAACACACAACACCACUGUUAUCUCAACCUUUGAUGGCAACUCGCGUCAUCCCUCCAAGAAUACUCAAGAAAAUCCGUUACAAUACCUCCACCAAGCCACUCAACUCCCCUCACCUCCCUUCCCUCUCUCCCGCCGCCGCUGCCGCCGUAGUUUCUCCUUCACUCAUCGAGAAACCGUCGUCCUCCGCCACCAUACAUCCUCCCUCGUCGACCGUUAACUUGGAAGACGCCGAGAAGCUGUUCUCCUCCGUGCCAACCGCCAAACUCCUCAGUUCCUCCGCCGUGCUCCACGCCACCGCGGUGGGGCCCAUGGUGGACUUGGGAAUGAGGGUCAUGAACUCCAACCUCGUUCAAAGGGAGGGACUGUCUAAGGAUAUUGUGAUGGCAACCAUUCGCAAGACCUUCUACGAACACUUCUGCGCCGGCGAGGACGCCGCCGCCGCCGGCCGGAGCAUACGGUCGCUGAACGACACGGGCUUACGUGGCAUGCUGGCUUAUGGCGUUGAAGAUGCACACGACAACGAUGGAUGUGACCGUAAUCUCGACGCUUUCCUUCACACUGUUGAUGUUUGCAGAUCGCUUCCCCCUUCUUCUGUGAGCUUUGUCAUCGUGAAAAUCACAGCAAUAUGUCCUAUGGCAUUACUAGAAAGAGUUAGUGACCUUCUAAGAUGGCAACAAAAAGACCCUUCAUUGGUUUUGCCAUGGAAGCAAGAUUCCCUUCCAAUUUUUUCGGAAUCUAGUCCUUUAUACCACACACAGAAAAGACCGGAUCCUCUAACACCAGAAGAAGAGAGUGAUCUUCAACUUGCAAAUGAAAGACUACUUCAACUUUGUCAAAGAUGUGUACAAGCCAAUAUUCCGUUGUUGGUUGAUGCAGAACACACUUGGGUUCAACCAGCUAUCGAUUACUUCACAUACUCUUCAGCCAUCAUGCACAACAAAGAUGACAACCCCAUUGUGUUUGGAACCAUUCAAACUUACUUCAAAGAUGCCAAGGAGAGGUUGUUGCUUACAACAAAGGCAGCAGACAAAAUGGGAGUUCCAUUGGGGUUCAAAUUGGUAAGGGGUGCUUACAUGUCCGCAGAAACUAAAUUGGCUGAGUCUUUGGGAUAUGCAUCCCCAAUUCACAAUACCAUUCAGGACACACACAAUUGCUUCAAUGACUGCUCAUCAUUUAUGCUUGAAAAGAUUGCCAAUGGACCUGGUUCGGUUGUUCUUGCAACCCACAAUGUUGAAUCAGGGAAAUUGGCUGCUGCAAAAGCACAUGAAUUGGGGAAUGGAAAGGUGAACCACAAGCUAGAAUUUGCACAACUAUAUGGAAUGUCAGAGGCACUUUCCUUUGGUUUGAGCAAUGCAGGGUUUCAAGUCAGCAAGUACAUGCCAUUUGGACCAGUAGAGAUAGUUAUGCCUUACCUUUUAAGAAGGGCAGAAGAGAACAGAGGGCUCUUGGCUGCUUCAGGCUUUGAUAGGCAAUUGAUGAGGAAAGAGUUGGGAAGGAGACUAAAAGUUGUUGUAUUUUGAAGUUUUGCAAGUAGGCAGGAAAGAUGAUUCGUAAAUCUUUUCGUAAAUCUUUGUACAAAUUAGAGAAUUUUAUAAUCUUAUAAAAAUGUAUA